AUGGCUCUUACACAAGACCAAGAAAGAGAAAUAUACUUGGCCUACAAGGACAUCUUCAACAAGAAUUACUCACAGCUUCGAAGGCUCAAAGGUGUUCAGCAGCGCAUCAAUGACACACGAAACCAGCCCAUCGUACAGACUUCGAUCGGGAAGUACGGAAAAAACGAGGUUGUGAAGACUAUUCGUGUGCUGCUGGAGGCCAAAGUUUUUGAAUCCGAGAAAAUCGCCGGAAUGCGAUUUUCCAAAGGAGAACCAUCGCCGCCUCCGACUCUUGAUCCCUUGGACUUGGGACAGAAGGGCGUCACCUUCACCAAUCUCGAUCUCUUACUAGGUACAUCGCCAGAUCCUGUAGAAACACGAGAGCCUCUUAAGAUUGAGAGAGAAGAAGAUAUCCAAGCAUCGCAGGUCUGCGGCGUGUCUUCAGCUGGGGUUGACGAGAGGCUCUCGUCGACGUCGCAUCUGCACGAACAGGAAUUGGAGACACUCCAAAACACUACAACGCUGGUAUCACCCAUCACUGGCAAAGGAAACUUCACAAACAUGGCUGCCUUGAAAGGAAGCCGCUUAGGCUCGACGCUAUUGCCAAUUGUGAAUCCACCCUUCAAAACACAGCACCUUAUCCUCAAACGGAUGCAAACCAUCUUGGAGCAUGUAUGCUUCAACUUCGCCAAGGAUAAUAUGCCCGAGAUUUUAAUCAACAAACGAUGGGACUGCCCUGAAGCGGGCGAAUUGGAUAUUUGGGUGAUACAAUUUAAAAAGAGGUUGGGCGAGCUGGAACGUCGUGCUUGCUCGAAAGGUAUAGAAGUCUCUCUGGGGCCUCUUUUGAAUUCAAUCUCAAAUAUCCGUCACCUCGCUGUUCAUCGCCGGUUGAUUCAUGCCAACCAUCUCGCAUUGUUGUCGAGCCACGCUGUUGUGUUCUGUACUCUCCUUGAUACCUCAGACGCGGGUGCUCUAAGUACACUUCAGACGGUUCGAGACUCUGUCGAGAUUCACCUUUCGGCACUUUCUGAUCUGAAACAUGACAUUGGAAAAAAACUUGACAACGCUCUCGAAGAGAUGGCUGCACGUCGAGAGGAACUAGAUGCUCUUGAGCAGAAGAUUAUCCAGGAAGCGCAUGACAAGCUCGAAAGCCACCAGACCAUCGCCUGGAACAAGGUGGACCGGUUGCUUCCCUACAGAUACAACGAACCCUACCCCUUGAAUAUGCCCAAGCCAUCAUCGGUUGGGGGAGUACAAACGAUGCUAUCCCUGUGGUCUAGAUCUCGCCUCUUUCUUGGCCAUGCCUUCUACUCUAUUUCUGUCGUUGUGCAGCUCCUCAAACAACAUAUCGCAGGCUACUUUCAUACGAUCAGGCAAAGCAACAUCAUCCGUUAUGCCUCGAGAGUAUUUCGUUUGAUCCUGUUUAUUUCCAUUCUCAUCCCCCUGCUCGCUUCUGUAGCUUAUCUCAGUCUUGGUGCUUGGGACUUGAUACGUGUGUCGCAAACCAAGAAAGCAUCCGCGUAA